AUGACUACCCGUUUGCGCCACAGGCCCAAUAUCGAGGAGGAAGAUGCCGCUGCGUUAAAGCUCGGCCCAGAGUUCAACAAUGCAGGUUGCUUGCUGAUUUCAGAGGUGAAAUACCUUUUGGAAAACCGGGAACAGGAUGCACCAGACACGGCGGUCUACAAUAAAACGCUUGAAUACGUGAAGACCUUCACGAAGUUCAACACGACCGACUCUGCCUCUGCAGUCCGAGAAACACUCCGGAGAGAGGACGCCCUGACACAAUUCGAGACGGCACAGAUUGCUAACCUCUGUCCAGCUGACGCGGAAGAAGCCAAGAGCAUCAUCCCAAGUCUUGUGAAAAUCGAUGACGACCAACUGCAAGUACUCCUGGACGAGAUCCAGUCGAUGCGGAAGUUCCAGAGCUAG